AUGGACAGAACAGACCUGUGCACUGUGUAAUUACUAUGUGCUACACUGAGAGAGAGUUGUGCUGCAACAAUGUUACCAUAACAUUCCCCUCGCAGCAGCAGCAGCAGCCGGGUGCUGGGAUUGGGUGUGACACAUAUAGCUGCAGCCUUUGAACCUGGGCUGGGUUAGCACUGAGCAGGCUUCCUCUUCCUGGGAGGAUCACCCAGCAGCUCUCUCCGCUCAGACCCCAGACUCAGCAGCUUGUCCUAGAGUACGAUGUCUGGAGAAGAUGAAUUCUCGUUGUCUGAUGCUUUACCAGAUAAGUCACCUGCCAAAACGCAGAAUGUAGGCAACCAAAAAGACAAUCAACAGCAAGGUGGAUGGUCCGGAUCAAACCCCUGGGGCUCUGCUCCUAGUGCUCCUUCUGCCCCUGGUGCCACGCCUUACGGACAAGGUCAAGGAGGAUCAUAUCCUGGUGCUCCUUCUGCCCCUGGUGCUACGCCUUACGGGCAAGGUCAAGGAGGAUCAUAUCCUGGUGCUCCUUCUGCCCCCGGUGCUACGCCAUAUGGACAAGGUCAAGGAGGAUCAUAUCCUGGUAGUGGGAUUCAGCCAACUGCACCAACGCAACCAUAUCCAUCUGGUCCCCAGCCAGGAGCACCAAGUGCCCAUUCAGGGCCUACUGGGCCAUAUCCAGGAGCUGCACCUGGGCAACAGCCACCUGCACCAAAUGCACCAUACUCUACAGGACCCACCGGACCGUACCCAGGAGCACCUGCUGGACAGCAGCCACCUGCACCAAAUGCCCCGUAUUCUUCAGGACCCUCUGGACCGUAUCCAGGAGCACCUGCUGGACAGCAGCCACCUGCACCAAAUGCCCCAUAUCCUUCAGGCCCUACUGGACCUUAUCCAGGAGUACCUGCUGGCCAGCAACCGGCUGCACCAAAUGCCCCAUAUCCUUCAGGUCCCUACCCGGGAACACCUGCUGGGCAGAAUCCAACUGCACCGAAUCCCCAAUAUCCUUCUGGCUCUACUGGGCCUUACUCAGGAGCACCAAGUGGGCCACAGCCAGGAGCUCCAUCUGGGCACUAUCCUACUGCACCUGGGCAGUAUCCUGGUGCACCCUAUCAAUCGGGGCCUGCUGGAAUGCCAGGAUCAUAUCCUAACCCUUCUGGAGCCUCCGGUCAACAAUAUCCAAAUCCUUCAGCCCCUUAUGGUCAAUCGGGUCCCACAGGACCUUCACAGCCUUGGGGUUCUAGUCCAUGGAGUUCCCAAGGUGGGCAGUACCCCACACCCCCAAAUGUGCCAUACCCAGCCACUGGUCCCUUCCCAACUCCUGGUGCUGCAUCAUCAUCCAUACCAUGGGGUAAUGUGCCGCCUGGUCAGUGGGGACCUUCGGCUUCAUUUCCUGGAGGUCCUGGAACAUACCCAAAUCCAGGCUCCUAUCCCUGAAGUCGCCUGAUAUUUGUGAUUUCCUCCUGAUCCUGCUACCCACCAUAUCUCUGCGCAAUGGAAAAAAAAACAACAAAAAAAAAAUAAGAAUCAUCGUCUGGACCAUUUAAAACUGAGAUUACAAAAACAUCAGUGUCAAGAUCCGCGGAGGAUUUGAAACCCGCCUAAAUCAGAUCUCUUGUUAACAUUCUCAUUUGUGACACUAUUUAAUGCUGUAGAACAGACCUGAAGAUAAAACCAUAUUAAAUUGACCGCAGAUGAUCUGUUUGUCCAUAGACAAUUCAGUCCGGAAUCUAUAGAGAAAAGCACCAAAAAUUAUAUAUCUGAAAUACGAGGGAUUAUAAAUUUUUUUUUUUUUUUUUGUAUUUUUAUUUAAUUUUCUUUUGGGGCAUCUUACUAAUGAAGAGUUUCUGAGCUAUACUUUAUGUAACCCUAUAUCUCAUAGGCGAGUAAGUAAUGUGUGCCAUUUCCACAUCCACACUGUAGAUACAUUGGGCUCGAUUCAAUUCACUGACCGUUGAAUAGCACGGGGCACUUAUGUUGGAGAAUACCGGUUCUCCCGACAAAACACCCUGUAUAGUCCGAGAGAAUGGGCGGUCUCCUACUUACUAAGGCGCAGAAUUGAAUAGCGCUGGGAGCUAAUUCCAGGUGCUAUUCAAUGCUCAGUGAAUUGAAUCGAGCCUAUUAUUUUUUGCAGGUAUGCAGUAAUCUAGAAAUGUAACGUUGCUUCAUUUUGCCGAAAAGCCUAAAUGGUGGUCCAACCGUGUGAGGUUUAACGGGAAACUCCGCUCCUCCCUCAUUAAUGAUUCCCCUUGCCCCAAGUAUGUCCAAAAUUAGCAUCAUGUGGGGUAAUGGUUAAAUGAAUUUAAUAGGUCUUCUAUGCGUUAACCAGCAUGAUCUGGCACUUCUAAGAGAUCACUGGCGCUUCCAUCCUUCUUUGCGCUUUGACUUAUGAUGUUAUUGUAGACCGUUGGGCUUUAUUUACUAGAACCCAAUGCUUCUGAUCGUGCUUAUGCUUGCAGUAUAAAAGGGAUAAUGCUUUUACUAGGCAAACAUAGAUAGUAAAAGCACUGCCCUUAAAAUUUCAGGCAUAGAAACGAUUGGAAGUGGCGAGUUUUAGAACCCAACGCUUAGUAAGUAAACCCCUCGGGGUUCCAGAUCACCAAUAUGUUAAUGAGUUACAAAGGCCCAGAUUUAUCAAGCCGUGGAGAGUGAUAAAUUGCACGGUGGUAAAGUAACAACUAAUCCGCUCCUAACUGCCAUUUUUCAAACGCAGCAUGUAACAUGGCAGGAGCUGGUUGGAUGGUACUUUUAUCCCGGUACUAUUUAUUACUCUCCAAGGCUUGAUAAAUCUGGGCAACUAUUAGAUCUUAGCAGAGCAGCCUGUGCCAGUCUGCAUGACCGAUCGCUGUCAGGAAAGUACAAUUGCUAGGGGGGGAAUGCCUGAUGGAGCUUGUUUGGCACUGACUGGCCAUGGCCCUAAUUCAGACCUGAUCGUAAAUGUACUACAUUUAUCACAUCUAUGAUCUGCUUCCCUGACAUGCGGGGGGCCGCCCAGCGCAGGGCUAGUCCGCUCCGCAUGUCAGGCCCUACCCCUCCCCCCGCACAGGUACAAAAGCAUCGCACAACGGCGAUGCUUUUGUACUUGAAGUGUAGCUCCCUACCGGCGCAGCUCCUGCGCGCUGGCAGGGAGCUACUCGUCGCAGUGGCUGCGUGUAACGUCACGCAGCUGCCGCGGCCCGACCCCUGCACGGUCCAUGCACGCCUGCGUUGCCUGGACCGUACCCCUAAAAUGGUGGCCAAACGCCGCUGGCCCGCCUCCUCCCACCCAGGGACCACCUCUGCCUGUCAAUUGUGCAGAGGCGAUCGCAGGGCUGAGAUGGCCAUCGGCUGUCUGGCAUGUGCAGUUCAGACCUGCUCGGCUGACCCAAUCAGGUCUGAAUUGGGCCCCAUGACCGCACAGCGGAUGUGGUUCUUGUCCAACUCCAGCAAUGGGUGUGGCUGCUCACCGUACGUAGGUCAGACACUUUCUCUGUGCUCCCAAAUGCUGCGAUUGACCACCCUUAUGUUGCAAUCUGACCUGGCUGCAAAUAGUUAAUUCACUAACACUGCUAACAGGUGCAAAUCUGCACUACAGCCGCGGUCAGACCUGGCGUGUUGUCUUACCCUAACCACUCACCUGACCAUCCAGACACCCAACAGAUUUGGCCAGGAGUUUGCAGCUUGUGUGGAAGCUUUAACUUUCCCCAGUUAGACACAACUGGUUUAUUGCAGAUUUGCACCUCUCGGCAGUGUUGGUAAAUAAGCCUCAGUGAUCACACUGUUCUGAAUUUCUGACUAUCCGCUCCUUUACAAGGGCACAAUUCUAAACCCCCCUCCUCCUCCUUUCCUGCCCUAGCGCAAUUGCGAGGGGUAAUCAAUCUAAAGGAGUUCAUAUAGGAACCAGUUGCAGCAGCGAUUUCAUAUGCAAGAGAUACUACCAUUAUACAGGUCGUUACUGGAUUAAAGAAACCUGCGUCCACUUUUUAGAGCUUCUAGGCAGCCGUUGCAGAGGAGAAAUGUAAUUAAUCUGAUUCCAAAGCUGAUACUUCUAUCAUUAUUCUCAUUUGGUUGCUAUUGGGAACGUUAUCAUUUUUCCUUUGCACCGUAAAUAUCCUCUAUUAUUGAGCGGAGACCGUUCUCGUAGUCUUAUACGACAGAAAAACAGCCUCCCCCUGUGUCUUUCACUCUACUGUGCGGCUAUUAGAAGGCACACAGGGGUAGGCGCAUCAAUCAUUGGAGAGAGAUAAAGUAGAGAAGUUGCUUCCGUCAUUUUAUAAACCGUGCUAGAUAAGUGACAGCUAGGUGCUGAUUGAUUACUAUGGGCAACAUCUCCACUACCUCGCUCCAAGGUCUAAUACUACUACUCCCAAAGGCUGUUCUAUAAAGUCCCUUUUCUUCCCACCCAUUAAUCUGAGAGCUCUGCACUAUGCACAAUAUUUCUGCCAUUAUAAAAUACUCCGUACAAGUCCAGCUGUGUAUAUUAAUAUGCAAGGGAUGACGGGAUUGGCGCGUGUCUCAAUUAAAAUUUUAAGGCAAGAUGAAAAAGAGCUGAAAGAGGAGAGAGGUAAAAGGUGCGGUAGAAUGAUAUAUUGGGGAGGGGGUGAUGUCCUAAACGCCUAAUUUAAAUUAAAGUGUGUUUUAAUCCACUACUGAGGGUAGAGAGCAGAAGUGCAGGGUGCGUAUUAAAGACUCAUUUAGGCAUCCGGGGUAAAAACUAUUUGUAAAAUGUAAUAAAUGAAUGUGCCAUAGGUAUGUCACCGCUUCCUAGUGAAUGAAUAGCCUCGGCUAUUAGUAGGUGACAGAUCCACUUUACGUGUGCCAAAUAGACUUUAGGACUGUUCUCUUUAUUCAAAAUUUGUCCUUUUACCCAUAGAUGGUCCUCAUAGGAACUUUACUUUCCGCAUUUGCCCUUGCACAAGUGAUUUGUGAGCAGGGGCGCCUCUAGAGGUGGGGGCUGCAGCUCAGUUCAAAAUUCAAAUAGGGGUCCACACCAACUGCCAGUGAGUCCGUUGGAGGCAGUUGGCGUGACUCUCCUAUUUGAAUUUUAAACGGACCUGCAGCCCCUCCUCUGGAGCCGUCACUGUGUGAGUGUUGUAUACUGGCCCCAAUGUGAAUUUUAGCUCUGCGUACACACUCUGAUGCGCUUAAGGCAUAGCCCUAAUUGGUGCUCGUCCCACCUCUCUCCCGUCUGAUAUCCCUUUAGUAGAACCAGUUUACCCACCAAAGAGCUCGGUUGUAGGCAGGUACAUAUACAACAAAUAUUUAUGGUGUGUGCGAAAGAGGUUUACACAUUGUAUUAUUGGCGGUUAGACAUAACUAACUUAAUUUAAAUGAUUUUUGCUUUGGCAUAUAUUACUAUACAAUUGAAAACUUAUUUCUUUUUUGUAUUUUAUUACUGAAAAAAAAAGCCAUCUGCAUUUAUAUAGUAUGCACAGUAUUUUAUAACAGUAAUUCAAUAAAGAUUGCUUAUGUAGUAAAUGAA